GGCAUUUUUGAACACUGCAGGGACGGUCACACAACUAUUUACACGCCCAAAAUUUCAAUCAGUUGAAAAGAAACGAAAAAUACAAAUAACAAACAAUAAGAUGAAAACGCUGGAGAAAUGUGUCCUUUCCGUGGUUGUGCUCUGCUGUCUGCUUCAAGUGGGCCAGGCGAUCAAAUGCUGGGAUUGCCGCAGCGACAACGAUCCCAAAUGCGGAGAUCCCUUCGACAAUAGCACCCUGGCCAUUACGGACUGCCAACAGGCGCCGGAGCUGGAGCACCUGAAGGGCGUGCGACCCACGAUGUGCCGCAAGAUCCGGCAGAAGGUGCACGGGGAGUGGCGCUACUUCCGGAGCUGCGCCUACAUGGGCGAGCCCGGAAUCGAGGGCGACGAACGCUUCUGCCUGAUGCGCACCGGCAGCUACAACAUCUUCAUGGAGUUCUGCACGUGCAACAGCAAGGAUGGCUGCAACUCGGCGGGCGUCCAUCGCCUCGGCUGGAUGGGCGUCCUUUCUGGCACACUGGUUUCCGUCCUGGUGGCGCAACUCCUGCGGCAAUAAUUGGAUCUGUCUCCUCCACUUGAAGCCAUUGCCACCUCUCCUUUGCCGCAAGACUGUACCGAGACGAGAAGGGAUUUUUUAAAUUUAAAAGCCCUAUUUUUUGGGUGAAUAUUAGUUAGGAGCAAGCGUGUUGAUAACAGAAAACUUGGUUUUUAAGUUUUUUAACCCCCUUUAUCCUUUAUUGACGCAAAACUUAAAUAGUAGUGUUUAAUAGUGUUCGAUAUGCAGAAGUCUUGUAAAAUUUAUAUUGAUGCACAUUAGAAACUCACCCCCAUUCACCGCUAUGCGAUUUCUGUGCCACCCCCGAUAGUUCUUAAAGUUCUGGAACUCGGUACUACUAUGGGUUUCACCUCUAAUAUACUCAUGUGCGUAGAGUAAGCAUAUUGAUAAAUUUUAUACUUCCUAUAAAUUCUAUAGUCUAAAAAAAAUAUUUUCUGAGUCCGUUGCUUGACGCUAUUUAACCCAAAUAUUUAAAAAACCAAGUUUUUUGUAAUCAAUAUGCGCCUAAUCCGGUUGAAUUGCACAAUUUUAACUGCAAAGAAGCCUUUUGUACAAAAUCCCUGCAUUGAAUUAUGGACAGUCUUGUGUAAAAUGAGCAAAAGGAAUUGAAGUGCCUUUCUGUAAACGACUCGAAACGUAUCUUAAGCCUGGAAAACUAUUUCCGUCCAAAACAUAUCUUACGCACAUGACAUUCCAUCUUGUAAGCUCAAUAUUGUAAUCUCCGCUAUUUUCUACUUGUUUUUUGCAAUGCGUAUACAAAGAAACACUAGUUUUAGUCGCCAGCAGGAUUACAAGUUUUUAUUUUUAUGAAAAGACAAUUAGAACAUUUUGUAAUGAAAUAAACAAUUUAUACACCAA